AUGGCCGCCAACUACUGGGCUUCGACCCAGCGCCGAUAUUGGCUUUUCUCUCGUGAGAAACUGGCGGAGGUUCGGGAGCGUUUGCGGGACCGCGAUAAGGUCACGCAUUCCCAGUUUCCUCUUCCAGACCAGCGUCUGCUGAAUGUCUAUUUCAAUCAGCAACUAAUUAAGCUGGGGAAACGCAUGUCCACUCGGCAACAGGCGAUCGCAACCGCUCAGGUAUACCUCAAGCGGUUCUAUACCAAGAAUGAAAUCCGCCAAACAAACCCCUAUCUUGUACUUACGACCGCAUUCUAUCUGGCCUGCAAGAUGGAAGAAUGCCCCCAGCACAUUCGUUUUGUGGUUGGAGAGGCGCGUGGCCUAUGGCCAGAAUUCAUCACUCCAGACGUGGCCAAACUGGGGGAGUGUGAAUUCGCUUUAAUCUCUGAGAUGAGCUCCCAGCUCAUUGUACAUCACCCAUACCGGACUCUAUCCGAGCUCCAGCCCGAGCUCCCCCUCAGCUCGGAUGAGGUGGCACUCGCCUGGUCUGUAAUCAAUGAUCAUUAUCUAACAGAUCUGCCACUGCUACAUCCACCUCAUAUCAUUGCGAUCAUGGCGAUCAUCGUUGCUGUGGUCUUCAAGCCGUCUCACCCAGGAGGCUUCCCUGGCUCCGCGCAAACUGCGUUGGCGGGUGCGAUGAGAGAUGGAUCUGGCAUGAACAUGCUCGCCGCCGCUCUUGGGGAUAAUUCCGGGGCUGGUCCUCCUCGGAUUCACAAGCUGGUUCAGUGGUUAGCGGAGAGCGAGGUGGACAUUAAAGCCGUCAUCGAGUGCACCCAGGAGCUGCUCUCGUUGUAUGAGGUAUGGGAGCAAUACAGCGAAAAGCACUGCAAGGAACUGAUUGGGCGAAUGGUAAAGAGCAAGAAUUUGGACAAGUGA